CAUGGCAAAAUUCUGCUUUGAAUGUAGAAAAAAAAUUAAUAAACUAAAACAAGGAACAUGUUCUCAUUGUUCUCACAAACUUCAUUGGACAUGCUUAUCAGAUGGAUUAUGCUCCAUUUGCUCAUCUAUUCAAAUCAGAAGUUUGAAAAUUGUUUUGAGAAGGUGUGAUAAUAGUUGUACAAUCAAAGAUGCAACUAAAGAAUCUACUAUUGAGGGAAAUAUUAAAGAGCCAAUAAAAAAUGCUGUAGAGAAAGAUAAGACAUUAGCAAACAUUACGGUUACUUCUAUGGAUGUUGAUCAUGAACAAGUUGUUUCUCAUUUCUCAGCAGAUGCUAUUGAAGCAAAUGAGCUACCUUUAAAAGACAUGAACACAGAUGAAAUCAACUGUGCUAUUCAUUCAUUUUUGAAGAAAGAGGGAGCAUUAAAACAAGUUCCUCUACUCUUUGCUUUUAUGACAUCAAAGAAGAAAAAAGCAUACAAUAUUUUGUUUAGGGUAAGGACACUAAAUGAACUUUUGGAAUACAAAACACCAAAGAAAAUUGUUCUGGACUAUGAAAGAGCAGUAUGGAAAGCUGCAUUAGACAAUUGGGAAAGUGUUACACUAACAGGCUGUUUAUUCCAUUGGAAACAAGCUGUUUACAGAAAAAUUCAGGAACUUGGAUAUUCAUCAGACUUUAAAAAAAAAAGAGGACAGUGGUUUGAAAUGAGGCAGCUUAUGGCAUUACCAUUUCUUCCAUUUCACAUAAUUCCAAUAGAAUUUGGAAGAAUUAAGGAUUACCUUCAAUCAGUAAAAAAACUAGGUGAUCUAAUAAAGUACUUUGAAAGGAAUUGGAUGAUGGAUAGAAUUUGGUCACCAAAGCAAUGGUCAAUUUAUAAAAAUGCUAUUAGAACUAAUAAUGAUGUGGAGGGAUUCCAUAAUCGGCUAAAUGGCAAUUUAAGAGCAAAUUCUUCAUUCUAUUUGGUAGUAGAUGAAUUAAAACGAGAGGCAGAUCUUAUCCCAGCAUAUCAAAGAAUGCUAUCAGAGAGAAAGAUAUUAAGAUAUCAAAGAAGACAAUAUAAAAAUAUGCAGAAUGAAAUAUUUAAAAUUUGGGAGAAAUUUGAAGCUCAUCAGAUGACUUCAUCACAAGUUUUGGAAAAAUGUUGUCAACUCUACUCAGAAAUGAAAUGA